AUGUCCAGAGCGUUUGCAGCGGCUGCGAGCUCUUCCAGCCAUGCAUCCGCCUCAUCUAUAGCGACAGCGGCCCAAAACGUGGCCCAGAACCCGUCGUCCCCCUUCUCCCAACUCCUUCGGAGCUCACGUUUCGCAACAUUCGACCCCAACAUCCGCAAGACGUAUACCGCGCCCAAGCAGUUCGCGCAGCGCGGGUAUUGGGGUCUCAAGCGACCUAUCACCCAGCGGAAGAAGAACUCCUUCAUUACGGUCAAACAAUUCGAGGCUCGUCAGCACUACGUAGAAUGGGACAACGCAGAGGACCAGGUGCGGUUCGUACGCCGAAUGGAAGAGCUCGACGUGGUCGCUGGAGGUCGGGGUGAAUCUGCGUGGUCUCUCAAAAUUGGCGACACCCGUAGGAACUGGGCCAUAGACUCGGAGUUCAGUCCUGUUCCUGUUGAGCACUGGGCACCUUCGUUGGGCGAUGAAUCUUCCGCUUCCGCCACCGAAGACGGCAACUCUGGCGACGCUAUCACCGCCCUCUCCGGUGUCAUAGCUCCCAAUGUCGACGGUGCUUUUGGUCUCGACUCUGUCAUCGAGGGCGCGCUCUCGGAACCCGCGCAAGUGCCAGCAGACGCGUCUGCUGUGGAGGUGUCUGCCGAGACUGAAGGCGAAACUACAGCAGAAACGGCUGCAGAUCUCGACUCUCCCUCCGCGUCGGACUUGGCGGACAACGCACAGACAGAAGCCUCGCCCACUGCGCAGCAGGAGCCGUCGAGGAAUCCAGACAACCGCGUCUACAUCGAGCAUCUCGGCAACAAGGGACCUUCGAAGUACGGGCCCAAAGCCUCCCGGCCACCUUCGUAUCUCGUGCCCAAUAUCCAUGCGAUGACGCCGCAGGAAUUCGCGAGAUACCUCGUUCAGUUGCGCGCGAAGCGUCCUGCCUUCAAGGAGUAUCUGCAGACAGUCGAGGCUCGGGCAGGCCAGCCUCUCGGUAAUGGACAGCGCCGAGCUUUUGACGUCGCUCAGGCCAACGUCGGCGAAUACCAUCAAAGAUUCAUCUCUCAGCAGACCGCGAAGGAGUACCAGACGACCAACAAGAUCGAGCCUCGGCCGCACCGCAACGGGGGACUGAUGUACUCUCACCCUUCGGUGGUGCACUCGUUCUUUCUCUCCAAGCCCAAGCCUGGAUUUGUGAUGCAUGAUGUCAACACCGUCGGUCGAUUCCAAUUGAAGGAUGGGCACUCUGUUGCGGCCUUCGCCGGUGUCGCCGCCCGCAUCAAACCCGGGGCUACCAAUGGACGGGUUGCGCUGAUGCAGGACGGGCAACCGAACCGCGAUCUGUGGCUGAAGUCGGUGACACUGAUGCGGCCCCAGACGACGGAUGCGCUGAUGGUCGAGAAAGUGCCGACCGUCGUUGGCACUGACAUCUCCAAUGGUUUGGAAGACACACAAGUUCGCUUGCACGUCACAGCCCACCCUGGGUACGACAGCCCCCGCCGGAUAAAUCCAUAUUUCCCCGGAACGCGGCCCUACGUCGCCCAGGACGAGCUGAAGACGAAGCAAGAGCAUGCGCUCACCAAAGAGCCUGCCAGUGGCGGUGCUUCCGGUCGCGAGGCUGCACACAUGGCUCGCCGACAAGAUUCGCCCCUCCGCAUCCCCAGUGCACAGCACUUGCUGACGCAGAGCCCUCGCGGAGGAGCUGCACUGGAUCUCGCAGGGAGCGCUGCAACCAUCGACUCAUUACAGAAGCUGCUUGCAACGAAACUAAACGUGCCCCCAGUGUCCGACGACUCGCUGUAG